AUGCCUAUGAAAGGAAGGUUUCCGAUCAGGAGGACCCUGGAAUAUCUCCAGAAGGGCGACAUCAUCUUCAAAAACAGAGUGAAGAUUAUGACAGUGAAUUAUAACACACACGGCGAGCUCAGCGACGGAGCAAGAAAGUUUGUGUUCUUCAAUAUUCCUCAGAUUCAGUACAAAAACCCGUGGGUCCAAAUUAUGAUGUUCAAAAACAUGACGCCGUCAUCCUUCCUGAAGUUCUACCUGGACGACGGGGAACAAGUAAUGGUGGACGUGGAGGGGAAGGACCACAAACGGAUUGCUCAACAUGUUAAGAAGAUUUUGGGCAAAUCAGAAGAGGUGCUACAAGCUGAAGCUCUAGCUAAGAUGCAAGCCUCCAACCCCGCCAACUUUGGGCCAAAGAAGUACUGUCUGAGGGAGUGCAUCUGUGAAGUGGAGGGCCAGGUGCCAUGUCCUGGCACCACGCCGCUGCCUAAAGAGAUGACGGGCAAAUACAAGGCCCAGAUGGCAGCGUCACAGGAGUAGAGUCUGAGAAGGACAGUGGACUUUUGUAGAUUUACAGAACAAUAUUACGGGAUUAUGUGGCUUCAUUUGGUGUUUAUAUAACUAUAUGAAAGGACUGGCACUCAACUGUGAAGCAGGAGGAACCAAUCAUCUGCUACAGUGAGACCUGUUGAAGACUUCGCAUGGAUGUAUAUGGGCUGACUGAUGUGAGCAUUUAAAUAAAACCCAUUUUUCUCAUGUAGCUUCACACUAUGUAAAUAUUCACCAUCAAUGCUCACAUGAAAAGUGGAAAAACAAAACCAAAAUGCAAUCACAUUUUACUGCAGACAGUUUUAUUAGUGCUGAGAUGGAAUUUCCUUACAUUUCUAAAUCGCUGUGUCCAUUUCAAAUAUUUUCAUUUAAAUGCAGAGAUGUUAAAUUACUUUCAAAGAUAAAGAUCAGCAAUUAACAUUAA